AUGCGUCAAUGUGAAGAAGACAAGGUGAGCCAGAAGAGGAAGGAGCGCCAAAGGCGCGAAGCGAAUGUUGCGCUUUCGCAUGUUGUCAUCCACGAAGAUCCUGCAGGAAAAGAUGAGACACCGGUACCCGGACAUGAUGAGAAGCUACCGGCGAAAGACGCAUCGCCAGGUCCUUCUGACGCUGCUCAGUCACUUCGCCCUCUACCGCAGAUCUCGCGCAAAAGACAACGCGAGCCUAGUUGCGAGUCACGAGACCCGUCACUCAAGGAGUCGAUUGUGGGUACAUCCCAGCGUAAAUCAACCGACGUACACAGCCCGUACUCAGAAUCAGCAACCGCUCCAUUGGAACACUACAUUCGCCUAGCCUCCAAGUCCAUAUCGCUUCCAACCCCUUCCGACUCGUACUUCACCUCACCAGAGCACGCGCCCGUACUCCAUCGCAAUCGCGAGAACAAGAUCAUAAUGUACACCGGCUCGUUCAACCCAGCGCAUCUUGGCCACUUCGAACUGGCCUUUCACACAUUCCUACGUAGCGCCUCCACCACCAUCGCCGUCGUCUUCUGUCCACUUCGCGAUAGACUCAAAGCGAAAGACGGCGCUAUAGUCAAUGGAAAGAUCUUCGCCACCGAGAAAGAACAAAGAAUCGCGCUACUACAAAACGACCUACUGCAACGCUGGAGUUGGUUUUACAAAGGCCAUCGCACAAAACUUCAAACAUACGAGACUACCCUGAUCGAAGAAGCGAAAAAAGACGGAUUUCAAGUUUCCUUUGUAGUCCUAGCUGGAAGCGAUAAAUUCGAACGCGAGGAAGGUAAUGAGAAGAGAGAAGAGGUUAGUUCUUCGGCUAUCAGAAAGAUAUUGGGUGGAGGUGGUAAUCGCGAGGAGAUGUCGACAAAGUUGGAGAAGGUCAUGAUGAACCCAGAGUUACUGCUACACUAUCUUGAAUCGGAUGGAUAA